GUGUGAUUCUAUCUGAUUCAUUUCCAUCUCUACUCUUAUUCUGCACAUGGCCCUCAGUCGCUGUACCCGGCCCCUCAUCAGAACGACAGCCAUGUCCGCUCCAGCCUACUCCACACUCACAGACAACAUCACCGGCGCAGCGUCGGCUGCUUCCCAGACAAUCGCCAACCUUGUCAAACAGUAUAUCGUGCAUGAUGUCGCCAAAACUGGAUUCGGCGAGGGAACGAACGACCUUUAUAACGCUGCUCGGCCGAGUUACCCAGCUGAUGCACUCAAGAUCAUCCACGAUACCCUCGCGCCCACCCCACGUGCUCUCAAGAUCAUUGAGCCCGGAAGCGGCACCGGCAUCUUCUCGCGCCUCCUUCUGCGCGCGCCCUCAUCCGAGUACCCGACGUUCGAUAUCGAUACGCUUGUGGGUGUCGAACCGAGCGAGGGCAUGCGAAACUCUUGGUGGCGCGAACUGGAGAAAGCAGGGCUGGGCAAGAGGCAAGAGCUGGAUGGUGGACAGGCCGUGGAGGGGCGGAAAGUUGGCACGGUUGAUGGCGGCUUUGACGCCCUUGGCAAAGUGAAAGAGUACGGUUUGACCAAUGUCCGGGAAGGAGGUGGGGUCGAUGGCGUGAUCAUUGCACAAGCGUGGCAUUGGUGCCCCGACCAUGCAGCAGCUCUGCGCGAAAUUGCCUCUUUCCUGCUCCCCGGAGCUCCUCUUAUCCUCAUCUGGAACCUUGAGUCGCAGUCUCCAAGCUGGCAGGGUCUCCUUCGAAAGACCUACCAGCCGUUUGACCUCGGCUCCCCACAAUAUUACAAGGGCUGGUGGCGAAAAAUGUUUGAGAAUCCGGUAUACGGAGAACUUUUUGAGGUGCAGGAGGAGAAGCAGGUGGGAUGGAGUGCGGAAAUGACAGAACAGGGGGUGUUGGAUAGGCUUUUGAGCAAGAGUUAUCUGACCGAGCAGCACUUGAAGGGUGCGGAGAGGGAAAAGCUUGUUGAUUCACUGCAAAGAAUCAUUCAUGAAGGGGAUAAAGACUGGGUUGACCAAGAGGUGCGUGCUUGUGCCAGAGCAGAGUGGGAAUAAAGCUGACUCGAUGGUCAGAAUGGGGUGUUCAAGUACAAUUACAACACCGACGUGGUUAUCUGUCGACGAAAGGCGUAAUUGUAGUAGUGAAGUUUGAAUCAGGACACCGUAAUUGUCAAUGCAAAGUCUCUUCCGUUGGUCUACGGAUCUUUAUGGGCAUGGCAAGCAUGUGCUAUCAUAGACCAGACGAACACCAUCAGCGACAGUGUCCUCAUCAUGUUCAGCGAUGAUGUCCUCCUCUGGACACCUAUCAUAUCGCUCUAGACGUUGGUUGUGUUGAGAUGGACACUCAUGGCGAUAUUGACCGACGCGUGUCACG